AUGAGUGAGAGAGGUUAAUAAAUGUCAGAGGAUCCAUCUACAAAAGAGUUAAACAACUUUGUGUAAACACUCCUCAAACAAAUGCAAGAUCGAUUUGAUGAAAUGCAAGGCACUAUUGUUUCUAGAAUUGAUGAUAUGGGAAAGCGAAUUGAUGACAUUGAGAAAAGUGUGACAGAACUCAUGAACGAUCUAGGAUUCUCAGAUGAUGAAAAUGAAAAAGUAAAAUAGUUAUGAAUUUUUAUAUAAACCUUACAUCAUCAAUGCAUUUAC